GCGCGUUGAUGACGCCAAGCACCACCGCAGCGCAACCCGCCACUCCUCGGCUCAGGUCGCGUGGCAACCUCCACCGGAGCUCUCCGCACCCACCGGCAGGCCUCACCCCCAGAACCGCAAGAAGCGGGCUCAGCCCGACACCAACCUCACAACCACACCACACACCACCAUGGGCGACAGCAGCGACCGCGGACGGAGGCUCGCGCACCAGCAGCAGGCGUAUGAGCUGCAGUUGAAGGGCGGGUUGGAGUGUGUGCAGGGCGCCGCCCGCUGGACCGUAGUCGGCACACUGGUCAUCGGCGCCGCGCACCACUUUUCCCCCGGGUUCAGGAAGCAGACGUGGGCGCUGAAAGCGUUCUUGCUGAGCAGCUUUACUAUCUUUGGAUUGGUCGUUGGGGCUGACGACUACCUCCUCAAAUACGAACAAGACCAGCGCAUGGUCGAGAACGCCAUCCGGCGAGAAGCGCGCAACGCGCUCGCGCUAAAGGGCAUCAUCGCGACCGAGGGCGAGAUCCGCAAGUGGCGCAAGGCGAAGGAGGAGGCCGAGCGGCACGCCAACCUCGUCGCUGCGCUCGACGCCGCCGACGCAUGCGAGGACACGGAGGCGAGCUUUGUCGCCAAGCUCACCGACGCGCGAUACCAUUCCACCGCGACGGCUGCCGCGCUCGCGGACGCAGAGGCACAGGGCAUCGCGGCUGCUGUUGAGCGCGCGCUGGCCAGCAAGGAGGAGAAGUAGGCGCACCUGCACGAUGUAGCAUGGCACUUGG